CCCGGCCUCCACCGCCUCCCUCGGCCGCCGGCGGCCUCCCCUCUCCGGGUCUCCUGCUCCGGGACCCCCGCGCAGCCCGAGAGCGCGCGCUCCGGCUCGCGGCGGGCGCCGCGCACUUGCCGGACACGCACCGCGGCCAGACGGACCCCGGCGGGCGCCCCCCCGCGCGCCCCCGUCCCCGCGCCGCCGCGCUCCCCUCCCCCGCGCCGGUGUCCCAGGGCUCCAGGCCGCGCGGCCAGCCCGGACGCGCCGGGGGUCCCCGUGGCGGGGCCGGCCCGGCCGGGGCGCGACGAUGGAGGAGCCGCAGCGCGCCCGCUCGCACACCGUCACCACCACCGCCAGCUCCUUCGCGGAGAACUUCUCCACCGCCAGCAGCAGCUUCGCCUACGACCGCGAGUUCCUCCGCACCCUGCCCGGACUCCUCAUCGUGGCGGAGAUCGUUCUGGGACUGCUGGUGUGGACACUUAUUGCUGGAACUGAGUACUUCCGGGUCCCUGCGUUCGGCUGGGUCAUGUUUGUAGCUGUGUUUUACUGGGUCCUCACUGUCUUCUUCCUCAUCAUCUACAUAACGAUGACCUACACCAGGAUUCCCCAGGUGCCCUGGACCACGGUGGGUCUGUGCUUUAAUGGGAGUGCCUUCCUCCUGUACCUCUCGGCCGCUAUUGUGGACGCGUCUUCCGUCUCCCCGGAGAGGGAGAGUCACAACUUCAACAGCUGGGCAGCCUCGUCGUUCUUCGCCUUCCUGGUCACCAUCUGCUACGCUGGAAACACAUAUUUCAGUUUUAUAGCUUGGAGAUCCAGGACCAUACAGUGAUUUGCCAUUUUGAGAAUUAAAAGGGAAAAAAAGGAAAACUCUCACUGUAAAAACAGCUGUAGGUAUAAUGUAUAUUUCCAGAGAAUUGUAUUUAACUAAUGUUUUUAUGUACUUAGUUAAAUUUGCUCACAGUGGUUUGUCACAAUUAAACUGAAUACUUAUUUGC